UAACGGAAAAUUACCUGACAGUAAUGACCUUUGACAGGUCACUGACUGACAGAUCAAGAUCGCAGAAACAAAACAAACUUUGCAAAGCAAAUCUAUUUCCUCGCUUUUCCUUAUGAAAUCGAUGUAAAAUGUCUACUCCAUAUGUAAAAUUAAAACAGCCGUUGAACGAGUAUGCGUUACUAUGCCGUGGUUGCUUGGCCGAAUCAGGCGAGAUGAAGAAUAUGGAGGAAUGGGGCUUGGCGGACGACUUUUACAGGAUUGCCGAGGUGCCAAAAAGAGACAAUGUGACUGAACUUCUAUGUACAAAUUGCGAAGAGAACUUGUUGCGGUUGCGGAGCUUCAAACAGCGGUGUCAGGACUCGGACGCCUUCCUCAAGGACACUGCUAAGAAAAAAACUCAAGCCACACCAGAAAACACUAUAACCUGCGUCCUAAACGCCAACAAACUAAACAUUAUCAUCGCAGCCCAAGACAUGGAAUCCAAAAUCGUCCUCCCGUGCCCCUACGCCGUCGGUAACAAAUGCUCAGAAAAAUACUUGAAGAAGAGAUACCUGUAUAACCAUUUGGUGAAGCAUCACAGCUUAUCAGAUAAACUGGUGAUUGAAUGUCAGUAUUACUGCAGUUAUGAGGAGUGCUCGUACUUCGUCAAUGCAGGUAAGAAAAAGUUUUUCACCGAACGGAAAUACCUAAAUCAACAUUACAACAAAGUACACAGACCAAAAAUAAUCUGUGCACAAUGCAGCAUGAGCUUUACCGACGCAGAAUACGAACGACACUUAAAAGUAUGUAACAUUACAUAUCUAUGUCAAAUAUGUAAUAUAGAGUAUAAGAAUAACGAGAGAUUACUAGUACAUCUAAUGAGGAAACAUCCUCAAAUACAUGAGGAAUAUAAAAGAGGGCGAAAAAAGAAAAUCUCUGAAACGGCCACGGAGUGUAAAAGGAUUAAAAUCGAUGAGAAACUUGAAUAUAUCUGUGACAGUCCUAAAAGGACUUUGGCUACUCAAACGCGUCCAGAAGAAAAUAUAAAAAACGAUGUUGCGUUACCUUCAUGGAAAAGCGAUGGUGAAGCGAAAACUGAUGAGAUUUCAACGCAAACAGUCUUCGAAGAUUUACUCUCACUUAAAUCUCAAACUAGCGAAGAUGACUCCAUAUUCUUUUCAGAAACAGUCUCGUUAUCUGACAUUCAAACUCAAACAUUCCCUAUAGAGUUCGGUUUAAGUAGAUGUAACAAGCAAACGGCUACUGAAACGCAGUCUCCUGAUUUAAGUAUAAAAGAGACGCAGACUUGUCUAUGCCUCUACGAUUCGAAGUUUAAAUUAUUUGACAGCGUGUCUUCGAGUCCGUUGACUCUGACGUCAACGGAGACUCAGACGGGAGACAAGUUUGAUGUGAAGGAUGAUAUGUUGUUUCAGUCUACUGAAACGCAGACUUGCUUUGAGGAGGAAUUGUGACAGUGGUCAUAUCUACAACUGUAAGUUGCAUAAUAUGAUAAUAUCACUAGAGUCCGACCGAAAUUUCGGUUUCAGCAAGUUUCUGUUAAAUAUCAUGUUUCGCCGAAGGUUCGCCGAACGUUUCGGUUUCGGCAGGUGACGACAUACGUUUCGGCCGAAGGAUCGGUUUCGGCUUGGACAAGACCAAAACCGAACCUUCGGUCUCGAUGUAGGCAAAAAAACCGGUUUCGGUCGGACACUAAAUAUCGCAUUAAAGGUCAGAGGCCGUACACACUUAUAUUAUAUCUUAUUUUUAAUAAAUCUGAAUACAUAUAAAAUUUUACCAAUUAUUAAUGCAAAAAAUAUCUAUUACAUAUCUAUUUUUUAUUAUUAUUACAAAUAGGCAAGCAUUUGACCGCAAUCUCACCUGAUGGUAAGUGCCGAUGCAGUCUAGGAUGGAUCAUGCUUACCUAAAAGAUGUCUAUUCACUCUCGAUUUAAAAAGAUCCAAGUUA